AUGGCUCCGAUGUUGGCAGCACUGCGCAAGAAAUCGGCACAUUGUGAGGAUCGUAUUUUCCAUGUACUAUUCUGCAUAAUAUUUAUAUAUGGCAACACUACUCUGUCUUUUCCGGCUCUCUGUGUCAAUGAAAGCCACAAAAUGAAGCAAAUAGUUGCUAAUCAGAAAGUGAAGAUCCCUGAGGGAUUAACAGUUCAUGUGAAAUCUCGGUUGGUGACGGUAAAAGGACCGCGCGGUGUUUUGAAGAGGAACUUCAAACACUUGGCUGUGGAUAUUCGCAUGGUGAACCCACGACUUUUGAAAGUAGAGAAAUGGUUCGGUUCCAAAAAGGAGUUGGCUGCUGUCAGAACUGUUUGCUCCCAUGUCGAAAACAUGAUAAAGGGUGUAACUAAGGGUUUCCAGUACAAAAUGCGUGCUGUGUAUGCCCAUUUCCCCAUCAACUGUGUUACAACUGAAGGAAACUCAAUGAUUGAAAUCCGUAAUUUCCUUGGUGAAAAAUACAUCAGGAGAGUAAAAAUGGCACCUGGAGUGACUGUUAUCAACUCUCCCAAACAAAAGGAUGAGUUGAUCAUUGAAGGAAACUCACUUGAAGAUGUAUCCAGCUCGGCUGCUCUCAUCCAACAGUCAACCACAGUUAAAAAUAAGGAUAUCCGAAAAUUCUUAGAUGGCCUUUACGUGUCUGAGAAGACCACUGUUGUGUUGGAUGAAAUAUAA